CUCAGGCGUUGACGUCCGUGCGCACUGACGUCAGCGGCGGCGCUGUGGGCGGGGCCGCUCCGCGCGGGGCCCGCUGGGAGCGCGAGGAUGGUGGCCGGCGCCUUCCCCAUCGCCAAGCUCCUCUACCUGGGCGUCCGGCAGAUCUCGAAGCCCUUGGCCGCGCGGAUCAAGGACGGGGCCCGCGCCAGCCCCUUCUUUCGCCAGUACGUCUGCGGCCCCCCCGCGCAGCUUUACCACUGGAUCGAGAUGCGGGCCAAGAUGCGCAUCAUGGGAUUUCGGGGAGCUGCCAUCAAGCCGCUGAACGAGGAGGCGGCAGCAGAACUGGGGGCGGAACUGCUGGGAGAAGCCAUCGUCUUUGGGGUGGGAGGGCUGUGUAUCUUCUUGGAAUACGCCCGCCAGUCCGCAAACACCAAGAAGAAAGAGGAUGAGCUGAGCAGCACCCUCCUUGGCCUGCAGGAACAGAUUUCAGAACUGUCCUUGACUGUGGAAACUUUGGACGCACGGCUGCGAGAGACGAACCGGGUCCUAGUGGAGAUCUCAAAUUCCCCAAAAAAGAAAUAACUGUCCCUACCCCACCCAGGAGAGAAGCAGCAGCCCUCUGGGAAGGGCAGCCUCCCGCCCACCUGUGAGGGAGGUCCCUUGGCUGGAUUGCUGCAGGGGCCCUAUACCGCGCAGCAGGAUUUGCGGGGGGAGGGGGGCAGAAGACCUGCAAUGCACUCACUCCUCCUGUCCAGCUGCUGAGUGGCUUGGCCUUCACCUAGAAUGUAAAUACAGAGUCUAUUAAAAGAAAAAAGAGACAAAGUGA